AUGACGAGAGGAAAUGGUACUGAAGUCACUGGUUUCUAUCUUCUGGGGUUCAGCGUCCAGCAAGACUUGCAGUACAUCCUCUUCGUGUUAUUCCUCGCCAUCUACCUGACGUCCAUGGUGGGUAAUGCUGGAAUGAUCCUACUCAUCAACACGGACGCCAGACUUCAGACACCCAUGUACUUUUUCUUACAGCAUUUGGCGUUCGUGGACAUCUGCUACACAUCUGCCAUCACUCCCAAGAUGCUGCAAAGUUUUGUCGUAGAGAACAAAUCCAUAUCCUUUGGAGGGUGCGUCAUGCAAUUGUUGGUCUAUGCAGCCUUCGCCACCGCUGACUGUUACCUCCUAGCAGUGAUGGCGGUGGACCGCUACGUAGCCAUCUGUAAGCCACUCCGUUACCCUACCAUCAUGUCCCGAAAAGUCUGCCUCCUGUUGGUGGCUGGCUCCUAUCUCGUGGGGUCAAUUAAUUCCUCUGUGCACACGGGUUUUACCUUUUCGCGGUCAUACUGUAAGUCCAACCACAUCAACCACUUUUUCUGUGAUGUGCCCCCAAUUAUCAGCCUUUCGUGCUCCAGCAUUCGUAUCAACGUCAUGCUGCUUCUCACCUUUGUGGGGUUUAACCUGAUGUUCACUGUGUCUGUGGUGGUCGUCUCCUAUGUGUACAUCAUGGCCACCAUCGUGAAGAUGGCUUCUACUGCAGGGAGGAAGAAAACCUUUUCCACCUGUGCCUCCCACCUCACAGCCGUGACCAUUUUCUAUGGGACCCUCUGUUACAUGUACUUGCAGCCCCACUCCGCUCAGUCCCAGGAGAACAUGAAAGUGGCCUCUACGUUUUAUGGCAUUGUGAUUCCUAUGCUGAACCCUCUCAUCUACAGCUUGAGAAAUAAAGAGGUAAAAGAAGCAUUUAGGACAAUAGGCAAAAGGUUUUCUAGGUGA